AUGAAUCCUGGGGAUGCGAAAGUGAUGGAGAUGGAGAUAUCCCCGAAUACUCAAUAUAACAAGCUGCGUACUUCAGCCACUCAUUCCCUCUUACGCCUGAAAAUCCAUUACUGCAUCCCUACUACCAAUCCACAAGGAGUCGUCAGUUUCGCCAAUGCUGAAAAUUGGCUCAUGCAUGACGACCUCGCAGCCUUUAUUAACGAUCACAAUCGCUUUGAUAAACGAUGCUGUGCCUACGGAGAAGGCUAUACAGGCACACUGCGUCUUCGGAGUGCGAUGGCUACUCAUUUAAAUACGCAUUUCCAGCCAACCAAGGCUAUCACCGCCGAGGAAAUCACCUUCGCAACUGGUGUGACAAAUUUAAAUGAAACUUCCGCUUCGGUACUCUGCGAUCCAGACCAGGAUGAUGCUACCAUGCUUGGAAGACCUGUAUAUGGCGCUUUCUCCAGGGAUCUAGCUAUGAGAACCAACAUACAUUUAGAAUAUGUGUCUGUUGGAGAUACGGAACAGAUUUCGCCAGCCUGUGUGCUCGCAUUUGGAGCUGGGUUUGAAGCUGCGAAAGCGCGGGGAAUCAAUAAUGCGGUUGGGCAGGUCGAAUGCUACUCUCGCGAGACCCUAAUCGGGCUGCUAUAUCCCUGCGCCUCGAAGGGGAUUCAUUUAAUCAGCGAUGAGAUAUACGGGUUUUCCGUUUACGAACGCGAGGAUCGUCAGCCAGAGACCUUCACACCUGUACGAGCAAUUGAUUUCAACGGAAUCAUUAAUCCUAAUCAGGUUCAUGUUCUACAUGGCAUGUCCAAGGACUUUGGUGCCGGUAGCAUGAGAUUAGGAUGUAUCAUAUCUGAAAAUGAGGAUUUUACAAAAGCAACGCGUGCCAUUUGUCGGUUUUCCUCACCAUCCCAGUUCUCAACGGAUUUGACCGCAAAGUUUCUUGAGGACCAGGAUUUUGUUACGAACUUCUUACACAAGUUACAUCACUGUCUGCUGCAGAGUCGCUUACUAGCAGAAGACCUUCUCGCUCGAAAAGGGAUCAGCUAUUCUCCGUACGGGGAUGCCGGUCUCUUUCUGUGGCUGGAUUUGAGCUCUCACCUUCCCCUCCAUGAAAUCAAUGGCGAUGGGUGGGCGGCGCAACGAUUACUCUCGCGCCGCUUCAGCGAGGGAAGCGUUAUUAUAUCCACCGGGGAAGAAUAUCGGGCGCCAAACCCAGGGCGAUUCCGCCUUGUGUUUUGCGUCGACCCAGAUACUCUUAAAGAAGGAAAUAUCGCGCGUUCUAGCCAACUGAGGACAUGGACAGAGAGCGAUGAUACAAAAGGCCUGGGAAUAACAAAGUAA